AGCGCUAUUUUUAGUCCUCUUGAUCUAUACGCGCGCCAGCACCGCUGGGCGCACUUGCUUGAUUUCCACUCCGGAUCUAGACGUGGGCGGACAGCAUGAAUUUGAAAGAAGAGGACUUCAAGUUGUUCGAGCGCAAAGUGGCAGCAGGUGGAAAACGGGAAAAUGUGAGUUGCGAGAAGUUCAUCGAAAUUUGCCAGGAGAUCGCCGGCGCCGAAAUAAGGAAGGAGUACGACCUGCUUCUCACCGAGUCCACUAAAAAGGACAAAAUUUCCCAGGCAGAAGCAUUCAGAAAGCUGGGAAACGACUUUUUAAAUUUACAAAAACACCAUGAAGCGGUCGAGUUUUACACUAGGAGCGCCACAUGGGCGCCGAAAGGGUCCAGCGCCCGGGGCCAGGCGUACGCGAACCGGAGCGCCGUGCUGGAGAUACUAGGACAGUACGAAGAGUGCAUUCAAGAUGUGGACAGGGCUGUGAAAAAUGAUUAUCCGCAAAUGCUGCUGUUCAAACUGUACGUCCGACAAUCGAAAUGCUACAAGGAACUGAAAAACCAAAAGGCUGCGAAAUUGAGCCUGGACAAGGCAACCGAGUGCAUUUUGGGACUUAAACUGCCGGAGGAAAAGAAAGAGCAUCUCGUGGAAAGUGUUGGAAAAGAAUUCGAGAGUGGUUUGGUGCCUCGUGCGAAAAGAGCGGCGGAGAAUUACCCAGCGCCACCAAAUGUGAGCUAUGGAAAGAACAAGGAGGCGCCGAGCUUGUCUGGCGCGGUUUGCAUUUCUAGUGAUGAGAAGUUCGGAAGGCAUUUAAUAGCUGCAAGAGACAUUCAAGCAGGUGAUUUUGUACUAGUUGAGCAGCCGUAUGCAGCGGUGUUGGCUCCAGAAUGCAUUUCCACGCAUUGCAGUCAUUGCAUGCGCAGGAGUAACUCUUUAGUCCCAUGCGAUAACUGCGACUGGGCUCUCUUCUGUAGUGAAGAAUGUAGGGAAAUUGCUAAGGAACAAUACCACAAUGAGGAAUGUCCAGUUGCGAGCAGGUGUUUCAAAGUCAUCGACGAGAUGAACUUGCAGAGGAGUUGUCACUUCAUUCGAAUUGUGACCACAUUUGGACUUAAAAAGGUCAAAGAGCGUUUGAGCAAACCCGAAGCGCCGGACGGCAGGUCAAAAGGCUUCAACCCGGAUGGAAUUUACAAAUCGGACUCUUUCGAGGCAAUUUUCAACCUAGUGACAAACCUGGCGCAACUGCCAUUGUUAAUGAUAUACGCCGCCUGCACCAUUUCCAUCAAAAUUAUCAAAUGUUUCGAGUUGGCCGAUCCGAAAUUCGAAAAUCAAUUAGCAGCAUUUUGCCUGAAAAAUUUGGUAGCCCUGAAGAAUAACGCUCACGAAAUAACACACACUCAUUUGGGUGGUGCGAGCAGGGUGAGGUAUCAAGUGGUGGGUGGAGGAGUUUUUGCCUGCUCAUCUCUGCUGAACCACUCGUGCAAUCCGAACGUAUUUCGCACAAAUUACGGCACGGCCAAUGUGAUUCAAGCGAUUAGACACAUUAGAAAGGGGGAGCAGAUUUUCGACUCGUACAAAGAGCAUUUCGCGUUCGACCCGAAGCAAGAUCGGCAAAGCUAUCUUCUGGACCAUUAUCACUUCAGGUGCAUGUGCGAAGCGUGUGAAAACGAUUGGGGACUUGUUCAGACCCUACCGAUUCAUCCGCAGUUCAAUUUGUCCAAAGACAAGAAAAUCAAAAGCCAGUACGAUCAAAUGAUAACCGCCACUUUUGCGUGCGCCGAUAACGCGAUGCCCGUCUCUGAUAGCAACGUUCACGUUUUUCUGAGAGUGAUCAACACAUUGAGCAACAGCGGCAGCAAAGCUCUCUUGACCCAAACCAUGCAAGGCGCGCAGGAGGACUUGAAAAAUUACUUUAAGGCAAAGGGCAACUGUAUUUUUUAAUUAAAAAUAGUAGUUUUGUACAAGAAGAAGAAUAAAAAUUUGUUUUUU